AACUUGCAGACAAAUAUGGAAGAUCAGCAAGAGCGACCAUCUAGCGACCCUCGUGCCGUUUUCGUGGACAUCCCUUCCCCCGCCCAAGCAUUGGAGCACGAGCUAGUGGUGCGGCGCCGACACCGCAGCAGUGGCUCGCAACCUUGCACCCCCACCAUCGGCGUGGUGCAUGACCUGACCCGCAACGUCGACGAGCAGGAGUACAAUCCGCACUACGUGUCCAUUGGCCCCUACCACCGGAAGAGGAACCCAAGCAUCAUCAGGGAGGACGAUAAGCUGACGAGCCUCGAAACCAUUCUGUCGGCGUCGUGCCCCGGUGCUACGGUGCAGACGUACCUCGACGAGCUGGCUCUCAUCGAAGGCCGUGCGAGGAGCUUCUAUGCCCACAGCUUCAGUGAGAUGAACAGCAUGGAGUUCCUGCGCAUGCUGCUCCUCGACGCCUGCUACGUGCUCGACUGGUUCGGUAACUUCGUCCCCGACAACAUUUCACCUGCUGCGAACCUGAACAGCAGCCCGGCAUCGGCACCAGGGGACGGCAGCAACAUCAUCGCACGCGAGAAUAACGGUUCCCCUGUUGCCAACGGUCAAGUGGAAGGGAGCAAUCAAGCCAGCAGCACAGCGUCGGCAGCAGGGGGCGGCAACAAGCUGGAGGCCGUGCUGGUGGUGCGCGAUGUGUUCUACCUCGCGGAGAACCAGAUACCAUUUUUUGUCAUCGACAAGGUCCACAGUCUAUCCUGUCCUGGUAGAAGUGUUCCGGCGGUGAAGGCGAUCGCACGGUACGUCUCCAGAUGUAUCCUGCAGAAGCAGCAGUACUCCAUGGCAACAGUGGAGGACGGCGACGAGCCGCCGGGCAACCUCCUGCACCUUCUGCACCAGCACUUCUCGAAUCCCACCACCGAACCCUAUUCAGCCGCCGGCGAGACGGUGGGCCGGUGCCGGACGGCGAUGGAGUACUACAUCAACGGCGUCAACUUCAGCAGCCGCCCCGUGGGCACCGGCGCCAUGGAAGCCCGCUGCAUCCUCGACGUGACGAUGGACCACGGCAGCGGGACGCUGGUGCUACCCCGCCUGAGGAUCGACGCCCAGACCUGGCGGAUCCUGCGCAACCUGAUGGCGCUGGAGCAGCAGAACCAGGAGGUCGGAAGCCACGUGACGGCGUACUGCACCUUCAUGUCCCAGCUGGCCUGCACCGCGAGGGACGUGGAGCUUCUGUCCCGGAGUGGGGUCAUCGUGCACCUGCUCGGCAACAACAAGGAGGUCGCCAAGCUCUUCGCCGACCUCUGCAAGGGGAUCGUGUUCGACGCCGACGAUACCGACCACAACUACCUGAGGGCCACCUGUCAGGCGCUCAACGAGCUCUACCGCAGCCGCCCGCGGCGGUGGAUGGCACUGCUGGUUCAGAAGUACUCCGACAACCCGUGGCUUGUCGUCGGGGUCAUAGCGGCGGCACUCGGGCUACUCUGCACCAUGGUGCAGGCAAUUUACGCUGUUUUGAGUUACCAUCCGGGAGCAGCGAACUAGAAAUCUAGCCACGAGUUGAAUGUGUUCAGAGUGUAGCAUACUACAUCAGUCCCCAAAAAGAAUGCAAUUCUCGCUUCCUGAAAAGUUAACUAAUUUUAAAUUUGACCACAUUCAUACAAAAUAGUACUAACAUUUAUGGUACAAAAUAAACAUCAAUAAAUUAAUCAUGUAAUAUAUUUUCAUACUAAAUCCAUUCGGAGACAUGAAUGCUGGUAGUUUUUUA